CCCAUUGGCGCACACAUGUCCUUCUUUCGGGUUCCUCGAUGGUCUGGGCAAAGAUGGGGAGCUCUUAUAUCCAAUCAGCGACUCUCUGGCUCCAAGUGCCCUUGCGCCCCGUCCUCCCAUCCUUGUCCACCAUCGACGUCUCAUUCCCAAGUCCGUCACGCAGGUCACAACAAGUGGUCAAAGAUCAAGCGAGCAAAAGGUGCUAACGAUCUGCAGAGGGCUAAUCAGACAUCUAAAAUUACUCGACAAAUCAUCUCUGCGGUCAAAGCCGGAGGUGGCGAGACUGAUCCAUCUCAUAAUCUGUAUUUGGCCUCCGCCCUCCAACUUGCCCGUUCACAUCAAUUGCCCAAGGCAACACUGGAAAACGCUCUUAAAAAGGCCUCUGGUGCUACUGCAGGAGGAGCUGAAGAAUUGUACUCAACCGUUUACGAGGGUUUAGGUCCCGCUGGCGUGGCGUGUAUUGUCGAGGCGCUGACGGAUAAUAGGAACCGGACAUUUGCAGAAGUGCGGCAUGCAUUUACAAAGCGAGGAGGCAGCAUGACGCCCGUGGCCUACCUUUUCACCAAAACGGGGCGUAUCGUGUUUAGUGCAGGGACAUCGGGUCAUUCGAUUUCGCAGAUGGAAGAUUGUGCGAUUGAGUGCGAAGUAGAGGAUAUCGUUGAAGCAGACGAGGCGGAAGGUACUCUAGAGGUACACUGUGCCGUGAAGGAUCUUCUUGCAGUCAAAAAGGGACUUGAGGCCAAAGGAUAUGAAAUCAAGGAAUUUGAAACGGCAUAUGUGAGUGAAGAGAAGGUCGCUGUGUCGGAUGCUGAAUCGAAAAAUUUUGAAAGUUUGUUAGAGCAAUUGGAUGGAAUGGAAGAUGUGGUCAAGGUACAUCAUAACGCUACCUGAGGGAUGGAGACCAUUGCGUUAUAAACAGAGAAGUGACGAUGGAUAUGUGAAAUGGGUUUCAUAUGAAGCCAAGAGAUAUCAAUUAUUAGGAAGAUUUUGACUUAGAUGGCAUAGAAGUGGGCUUCAUCCUUCAACACCAUGUAGAUAGCUAAAAAAAAAGUACACAAUUUAUUUUCUUCUUCCAGUGCCCAUACUCCAC